UAUCCUCACGCAAGUUUUGAACCACACUUUUAUUUUUUUUAUUGUUAAGCUUUUCUCACUUUUCAAACCCUGAAAACGAUAAGCUGAACAUGCAGAGUGAAAGUGUUUUCAUAAAAGUAUUCUUGGAAACAUUUUUACGGGUUUCGCCACUGAGCCGUGGCGUGGAGCGCACGUUUGCGAUGACGUAGUACACAACGUUGUGGUGACGUUUUUACUGUUGUUGGCGCGGUAAACACUGGCGAAGUUCUAAGCAGCUUUGCAUAAACCAGCUCUCAGUUAAUCUCGGCGAGGCCUUUAUCGCUAUGCGCUCGGAAACUGCAUGAUACGUCGUCAAAACAAGGCCUAGAUAUCGCCGCCGCCUGUUCGAUGCGAAACCGAGUUGCAUCCGUGUUCGGUUGCUUCGACCAUCAUGCUAGUGAAUGCAACGCGCGGUUUCCUGUGGUCGGACAUGGAGACCAGAGCGCUGUUGAAUAUCUGGGGUGAGCACGACGUGCAGACGGCGCUGGACGGAAACUUUAGGAAUAGCCAUGUUUACCGAGACGUCGCGAACCGUUUGUGCGAACUGGGCUUCGAUAGGACACCAGACCAAUGCAGAAUACGGGUUAAGAGCUUAAAGAGGCAGUAUUUCCAAGCGAAGGAGGGAUCCAGGAAAAAUGGGCAGUACCACAAGAUGUGCAAGUUCUACGACGAGAUGGAGAGGAUAUUGAGCAAUAGACCGUUAGCAGAGAGGCAGGAUAUUGAUAGUGUUGCCGUUGGGGGAGAUGAAACGAUGGAUGAAGAUGCUGAGAGCACUGAACUCUUGCAGGAGGCUCACAUGGAUGGCAGUGGUGAAUGCUCUUUUAUGGAGCAUACAGUCAAAACUGAGUAUCCAUCCUGCCCCAUUCCGGUGACAGUAGGAGGCAUGAGUUCAUUUCCAACCAAACAGAGCAGCCUGACAAAGACCAACCCGCCCACGUCCUCGUCGAGCAGACCACGGAGAAGCAAGAAGCGGUUCGCGAACAUGUCGCUGGAGAAGCUGAUGGAGAAGUUCUUGGAGCAGAGCAUGGAGGCGGAAGACAACUUCUACCGGCUUGAGGAGCAGCGUCUUCAGGCUGAAGAUAAGCGCAGGGAGGAGGAACAUUCCAGAGAGUUGCAGAUGCUGCAGAUGUUGGGCCAGAUUUUCGCUGGCAUUAGCACAUCCUCAUCCUCUCCUGCGCAGUCUGCCACUCCGCAGCCCUCUUGUAUACCCCAGACUAACCCCACCGUACCACUCAUGCGUCCCUCUUUUGGGAAUCGUAACCAUCCAUCUGCCUUGAACGAGUUUGCCAGCCACAGCCAACCAGCUGGCCCAGGUCUGCUCAUGGAAGAGGGUGACGCUAAAUUCAUAGAGCGCUCUUUCUCUCUGGGCACGGCAGGAAUGGACAGUGUCAUUCCUCUUGUAAGAAAGACUAUUCCUCCAUUGACAUCCAAAAAACACAAGGGUCAGGAUGGGCGCAUUGGGAUCAUCGGAGGAUGUCAAGAGUACACGGGAGCACCUUUCUUUGCGGCUAUUUCGGCUUUGAAAGUAGGAGCCGAUCUGUCUCAUGUGUUCUGUACCAAAGAUGCAGCUCCAGUCAUCAAGUCCUACAGUCCUGAACUCAUCGUUCAUCCAGUGCUAGACAGUCCCAAUGCUGUGGAGGAGAUUGAAAAAUGGCUGCCCAGGCUUCACAGUCUGGUUGUGGGACCAGGUCUGGGUAGGGAGGAUAUGCUUCUGAAGAAUGCAAAGGAGAUUAUUGAGAGGUCAAAACUCAGAGGAAUACCAAUCAUCAUUGACGCUGAUGGCCUUUGGUUAGUGGCAAAAGAACCAUCAGUCAUUCAAGGAUAUCAGAGAGGAAUCCUCACACCCAACUUUAUGGAGUUUACUCGUCUGUAUGAGGCCAUGCAUCAUGAACCUCUGGACAGCACCGACCACAAGAGAAGUGCUCAACAACUGACCAUCGCCUUGGGCAAUCUGACCAUGGUUUUAAAGGGGGAAGAGGACAUUAUUACUGAUGGAAAGAACAUGCUGACCUGUAGUCAAGAGGGCAGUGGGCGGCGCUGCGGAGGACAGGGAGAUCUGCUCUCUGGUUCCCUUGGAGUUUUCGCUCAUUGGGCGUUCAGCUCACCUCCAGAUGCCACUAAAGGCAUGAAUCCUGCGCUGGUUGCUGCAUUCGGUGCUACGUCUCUGACAAGGCAAUGUAAUCGCCAGGCCUUCCACAAACACAGCAGAUCAACCACCACCUCUGACAUGAUCCAGGAGAUAAGCAGCGCUUUCAAGAAGUUGUUUGAAAGCUAAAAUGUGUGUGUCCGUUAUCUUUUUAUGGCCAUUAUAAAGACUAAAGGUCUGCAUCUUAACGCUACUUGUUAAAUAAACAUGAAGUACAUUGUUGAGUACCUGUUCUUUUUUUUCUUUUCCCUUUUAUUUUAAGUGCCUCUUGUAGUUCUGCGAGACAGUAUCAACUACUCCUCCUCUUUCAUAUCUGUGUGGUGGCCCUCUAUAAACGUCCAUUGUUUUCUUUUUCUUUUUUUUAAAUGUAUGUCUUUUGAUGUGUGUUAGUUUGCGAGUGAUUAGAUUUGUAUAUGAUAGCCCACCAAGAGAUAGUUUUAACAAUGUCCCUCUAAGAAUGAAUUGCUGUCUUACUACCAGCUGCAAUUUAUUUAUUAGUCUGCUUGAAAAACGCUCACCUUCAAGUAUUGAAAAAAAUCUUUAUAGUGGAUGUUCUCCUUACAAUAAGCUGUUUAACACUGUGUCUUCUGUCAAUAACUCACAAUCCCCAUUUAAUGUGUGGGUCAAAUUACAUUUAAUUGAAAGUGGCUGUCACUUUUAGAUAAAGUUUGUUAUUCUACAUAUUAAACUAACAUGAAAGUUUUACUUAUAACUGUUUAUGUUUUGUAUUAUUCCCUCUGCGUGGAUAAUGAAUGUCUGAACAUGAUUUAGGUUGGUAUGAUGGAAAUUGUUGUGGGGGGACUGUACAAAAAGUGGUAAGUUUUAAUACCAUUCAUUUUUGUACUCUGUUAUUUUCUAUGGAUUCCAAUAUCUUGAGAACCAUAGAAUAUGGGGCUUUUAUUAUGUAAAUUCAAGUUGUGUUUGAGGAGAUCACCCCCCCCCCCCCUUCUACUGUAUGUAAAGCGCUUUGAGUGCCCGAGAAAAGUGCUAUAUAAAUGUAACACAUUAUUAUUGUUCCUAUACUGUUUCUCAUUUGCAUUACACUUAUUUAAAAAAAAAAA